AUGAUCGUUUGCAACCUGAGCCUAAGCUGUGCGCACUGUACCGGAGGAGGAGCUGGAAGCACGGCGGCGACGGCAGCGGCUACAGUAGCGGCGGCUGACGCGUACGAGCAGGUGCCCGGGUCUCUGCCCCCUCAGACCCUCAGCCCGAGGGGGCACCUUGUGGUGGCGGUGUGCCUCGGCUUCAUCGGCACCUUCGGCUUCCUCACAAACUUCCUGGUGCUCGCGCUGUUCUGCCGGUACCGUGCCCUGCGCACGCCCAUGAACCUCCUGCUGGUGAGCAUCUCCGCGAGCGACCUGAUGGUCAGCGUGCUGGGCACCCCGUUCAGCUUCGCGGCCAGCACCCAGGGGCGGUGGCUGAUCGGACGUACUGGGUGCGUUUGGUAUGGGUUUGUGAACGCAUGUUUGGGCAUCGUCUCCCUCAUCUCCCUCGCCGUUCUGUCCUAUGAGCGUUACUGCACCAUGAUGGCAACCACGGUCGCCGACGGACGAAAUUUUCGCCCAGCUCUGAUAGGGAUCUCCUUCUCCUGGCUCUACUCCGUGGCCUGGACUGUACCUCCUCUUCUGGGCUGGAGCAGUUACGGCCCAGAGGGUCCUGGAACCACCUGCUCGGUGGACUGGAGGACCCAGACAGCAAACAAUAUCUCCUACAUCAUCUGCCUGUUCACAUUUUGCCUGGUCCUGCCGUUCUGCGUCAUCGUGUACUCCUACGGCAAGCUACUGCAAGCCAUCAGACAGGUGCGCAGUGCGAGUUCAGUGGUGACCCGGCGCAGAGAGCAGCGGGUGCUGUUGAUGGUCGUCACCAUGGUAGCGUGCUACCUGAUCUGCUGGCUUCCCUAUGGAGUGGCGGCCCUCCUUGCAACCUUCGGCCCCCGUGAUCUUUUGACCCCAGAGGCAACCAUCACGCCGUCGUUGCUGGCCAAGUUCUCCACCGUCAUUAACCCUUUUAUCUACAUAUUCAUGAACAAACAGUUCUACAGGUGUUUCAGGGCGUUCUUUAGACGCUCCACCCCUGAGCGAGGCUCCACAUUAAAGACAUUUUCACGAGCGACAAAGACGUUUCGUAACUUCCGCCAGGAGAAACCACACCCCGUGUCUGCUCCUGCGCCCUCCCCUGCCCAGCCCACGCCCCUCUCCAUCCACAACUCCUCACAGCGAGUCAGUCUGGGGGCUCCAUCUCCUUCAAAUCACAACUCUGCUGCUUCCUACACUCCUGCUGCUGCUGCUAACAGUCCCAAACCAAAACUCUUUCUGGUGGCGUACUACAGGGAAUAGAGAAACAUCAUCAACAUCAACGGGAGGUGAACAUUUACAGAAAGGAGACUUGGGGUGCAGCUCUCCAAUUAAGAAACAAAUCCUCUUAAUAGUAGAAAAGAGCGAGUGCAAAGUGAGCUCAGUGGGAAUCCUUAACACAAGCAGGGACGUCCUAAUCCCAGAGCAGGUUAUCAUUGCUCUGUGAAGUCGGCAAACAGGGACACACACAAAAUGCCAGUCUUAUCCUGCUUACCAGAGGCUCUGUAUACAAAGCAGGAGACCGGGGCUGAGCAGAGUUCUCCGUGUUACGACCACAGACUCCUUUACAGACAGAAGAAUCUACAUAACUAGGUCGAGAUAUCUUUGUUAUGUCACAAAAUGAUGUUCUCUCCUAAUCUGGGGACUUAUUCAGGAACGUUUUGGAAUAAGCACAGCAUUGUCUGGUGGAGAUUUCAUUAACUGUUUGGUUGUAUUUUUUCAGUAAACGGGGCAAAGAGGUAUUUUGACAGCUCAAGUGUGUAGCUUCUGUUACUAGGAUUAUUCUCUUCUCUUUUUUUUUUUUUUUUGCAACGAUAAUUCGUUUGAAGAAGCGGGUAAGCGUUUCUCCCUGACCCCAUUUCCAUGGCUGAUAAUUGAGGAUUUGAAACAGAGAAUUAAAUAUUUGUUGGAACAAUUUUAUGCAAUUUAGAACUGGGAAGAUGUUAUGCCUUUCUUUACACUCUGCUGCACAUAGGCCCUCUGUCUUCUACACUGGGAUCCUAAUGAAAUCAUUUAAAGGGACAUUUCACCGUACUAUGAGGAACAUGUAGAGAUUUCACUGCUUUGAGUUGUCUUGAUGUUUCUGCUGUUUCUCUUUGCAAAGUGGA